CACUUUGUAGUUGUUUUGUUUUUUCUGUCCAGUUUUGCAAUUAAAAGGUUUUUCAAAUAAAUCACAUUUUUAAUUGUAGUAACCAAUGGCAAAAUCAGACUUUUAUUUAUUUAUUGAUAUUAGAGGUUAUUUUUAUUUGGAUUAGAAGCAAUUUAAAACACAAAACUUAACUUUUUUCUUAAGCAAAAGUUCGUUAAAAGUAAUGUUAUAGCGUUUAUAAUAAAUAAUUCAGUCUCAUCGGUGAUGGCCGAAUGCAGAGAAGAAGAACCUCCACCACCUCCUGAACCGGAAGAAAAAUGUUUUCACGAAUAUGUAGAGCACUUGAAACGCCUUCAAGGUGGUGAUUAUAAAAAACCUGCCCUUGGAGAUUGCAGAUACAACUUAAAAUAUCCAUCCGGAGGUGAAUUAGCAGCUUUCCUCGACAUCGGCAAGCGGAAAGAAGGAAUGAACUGCAAUUUAAAGAAAUGAAAAAUUGUAUUGACUCCUUGAUUAGAGAAAAUGAGAAUUUGAGAAAAGAAAAUGUCACGAAAACCAACAUUACAGUUUCAUUUAAAAAGAAACUUGCCGAAAAGGAGAAAGUGGUCAUGUCAUUGACAGCGGAAAUAGACGAACUUAACUGCCAAUUAUUGAAAAAUAAAGAUGUUCAAAAUUUGUCUGCGCAGUUUGAAUGCGAGAAGAAUCGGCUAAUACAAGAAAAUGAAAGAAUCAUUUGUCAAUUGAAGAACUUGAAAUGGAAAUUUGUUGAAUUGAAGGAGGAACACAGCAAAUGCUCAAAUGACGAGGUUUCGGAUUCUAAAGACAAUAAAAUUCAUUGCUUGACUGAAUUGGUAAAAGAAAAGGAUAAUCAACUAUGUAAAAUAGCAUGCGAACUUCAAGACUUGAAAGAUAAAAAUUGUGAAUUUGGAGCAAAAGUAAAUAACUUAGAAGACCAAUUGCUAGCCCAAAGUGAGGAAUUCGCCGACAAAAGUUGUACUUACGAGAAAGCAAUCGAAGAUUUAGAAUCUCAAAUUUCAUUUUUAGAACAGAGUUUGACGAGCACCAUGCUCAAGUUAAAGUACAAGACUUUUAUUACAAAAUUAAAAGACAGUCAUCGUAAAUGUGUCGAAAAUUCACCAACGUAUAUAAAGAAAGAUUGCAGCAGGAAUAACACAAUUUAUGACGAAAUCGUAAACCAACCAAUGGAUUUAGAAGAGACUUACAUAGCUGAUCAGCUAUCUGAGCAAGAUAGGGUAUUGCAAGAACUGAUUGCGAAAAUAGAGCUGCGUGAUAGAAAUUUCCAACAGCUGAAAUGCCUCCAAAAUUCUCAAUGCAUCAUAUCGGAAAAGGAAUAUAAUCAACUUGUGAAGCUGAUAGAGGAACAAGCCAAUGAGAUCGAUCUGCUGACGUGUCAGCUCCAAAAGAUGAACGGGGAAGGUUCCGAAUCUUCGGAACUUUUGCAAGAGGUCGCAGAAUUACAAAAUGCAGUUUGUGAAUCAGGUGGCGAAGCUAAAGGCACAGAAUCACUGUCGAGGAGAAUAAAAAGAAUCAAGUGCAAAAUAAAAUCUCGUGUCCAACGAGAAGAGGCGAGAAGAAAAGAGCUGUCCAGACAGCUGGGGAUUUACCGAUGUCAGUUUGUGACUCUGCAGAAAGAAAUUGAAGAGCUGAGGCAUACCAACCCUACCACUGCCAAAGAUGAUAUCAAAAUAAGAGUAGAAAAAGAGAAGGCCUUGAGCCAAGUAAUAUGCCACGUCAAUAAACAAAGAAGAGAACUCCAUACGAAGAUUAAUGCACUGGAAAAGGCUUUGGUGAACAUUGAAAAAGUGAACGAAUUUCUUGUGCAGAUGUAAUAAGAUUUCGAAGCACUUCCUCAUCAAUAAAAGAUGAAACUGAUUUUAUUCUUAAUUAUUGAAAUUAGCAGCUUAUUAAGUCAUAUUAAGACUUGGGAAAAAAUUGAAAGAUAAAAUCGCAGUAAUUUAAAACUAUUUCUCUAAAACAUUGUAUUUUACAAACAUUUCCAAAUUAAUGUAUUAGUUGACUAUUCAAUUUAGAUGAUUAAGGAAAAUAUCUUCGGAUAUUAAGAAAUUUCGCGAAAACUACUAAUAGAUUUUCGGAAAUAUUUGAACAAGAGAAGACGCCAUUUAUCAACCGUAUCAAAUCCACCGUUGAAGUCACUGAAGAAGACCCAAUUCGAAACUUCGUUUUUAUUGAAUAAUUAUAGGUUCGAAAUAAUAUUUAGUCCACGACUGUGAUAAUUUUUAUGUCUAUCAUUGAAAAUAACUCUUAUUAAUCAAUUGGUCACCUUGAAAGUUCAAACCCUUAUCUUUCAGAUAAGGCAAUUGAGUUGAAGGUGAAGGUUAGUCACAUAGUAGAAGUUCCGUUGUUGUUUACUGGACUCAAUCAAAUUCUUAUCAUAAAACUUAUUAUUUCGAAAUUUAUCAUGGGUGGUACACCAUCAAGGGUUUUACCAACUAAAAGGCUGGAUGGUAAAACGGCCAUCAUUACAGGUUCCAAUACUGGAAUUGGAAAAAUAACAGCAAAGGAAUUAUACAAAUUAGGUGCAAAAGUAAUUAUGGCAUGUCGAGAUGUAUCACGAGCUAAUGAAGCAAUGGGAAGCAUCAAAGAUGAAGUAAAGGAUGUGAAAGAUGUUGGAGAGCUUAUGGUUAAAGAACUCAAUUUAUCAUCUUUUGCAUCCAUCAGAAAAUGUGCUGAAGAUAUUAAUAACAAUGAAAAUGCUAUCCAUCUCUUAGUUAACAAUGCUGGUGUCAUGAUGUGCCCUAAAAGUAAAACUGAGGAUGGAUUUGAAACUCACUUUGGUGUGAAUCACUUGGGACACUUUCUUUUCACAUGUUUAUUACUGCCAAAACUUAUCAAAUCUGCACCUUCUAAAAUAAUUAAUGUAUCAUCUACAGCUCAUGAAAGAGGAAGAAUGGAUUGGGAAGAUUUAAACUUUGAAAAGAAGCCUUAUAAUGCAUUAGGAGCAUAUAACCAAAGCAAACUCGCAAAUGUUUUAUUUACUAGAGAACUUGCUAAUAAACUUGAAGGAACUGGGGUAACAACUUUUUCUCUCCACCCUGGAAUUGUCAAAACAGAACUCGGUCGAUAUAUGGAUGAUACAUAUUUCCGUGGUGCUAGACUGGUAGCUAGAGCACUUUUCUCACCAUUUAUGAUAUCCCCUGAAGAAGGAGCUAAAACAACAUUGUAUUGUCUUCUGGCUGAUAAUGAAAAUGAAUCCGGGUCAUAUUACAGCAAUUGCAAACUCAAGGAACCUUCACCUUUGGCUAAAAAUGAUGAAGAUGCCAAAAAGUUGUGGUCCGAAAGUAUGAAACUUACCAAUAUAGAUUUUGACCCUUUUAAACUUGAAUAAUGGAGCCCCACGGUACAUAUUUUUUUUUUUUUAAUAUCAAGAAUAUAACAAAUUUGAAAUAUUAAUUCCAAGUAAUAAUCAUCCAAUGUUUCUUUCAAAACAUGUUUGUUUAAGGGUUUCUUUCCUCUCAUGAUGGCUGUGACGAAGUAAUUAUAAUAUCCAUCUUGAAACUAAUCCUGAGCCAAUAUUGAUUUAUGUAACCAUUUUAUUCCUUCUUAUUUAUUUGUUUUUUCUAUUAUAAGUUUUAUAAUAUUUUAUAUAUAUUUUAUAUUUAUAUAUAUUCUAUUGCAUUUUUAAUUCUUAUUUAUUUAUUGUUCCACAAAUAUUUUAUUGCACAAUUAUAAAAAUAUAUUUUAUUAUUCUUACUU